AUGAGUGAACACAUUUCACCAGCAAUAGACAGGCCAGAAGGAAAUCAAGGCGCCAAUCACGAAGACGGAGAUCAAGUAGCUCAGGUACAACAUUUACUGCACAGCAUCGAGCCUACCAUCACAAAUCGGCAAUCAACUGACACUAUUAUACCCAUGGAUGAAGUAGCUUCUAUUACAAGCAAUUCUUUGGCGCAACAAAACGACCAAGAGCAAUCCGAUAGUUCCUCUCUAGCAACAUCAAGAGACGACAAAAUACCUCUCGUUAUUGAGAAAGCAAUUUUGAUUGACAUCUCAGCAGACAAAAAAUGGAUUGCAAGCAUAGUUGAGAGGCCAGACGCGCUUGGGGUAGACAAACAGAUAUACUUGAAAAUGAAUAAGUUCUAUGAUGAUGGAUCAGAAACUCUGGAUGGGACGGGCUACUUUAUAGAGGAAAAUAUUACCAAGCACAUGCCAAAGGAUAUGGGAAAUUACUUCUACUUCCUAUCUGUAUCAUCAAAUGGAGAACGUGUAGCAGUUUCUUUUUUACCAGCUGAGGAAUUAUCCAAAUUGUCAAGCUUGCGACUACACUUACCUUGUGCACCAAAGUGUUUGGUGUUCCAAGUGGUGUUCCAAAUGGAUGGAAAUGCAAAGAUAGAACUAGAAAACAAUACAACAAAGGUACAAGGAAAGGCUGUUUUUCUUUCGAGCAGCCUCCUUGCUGUUUUUAAAAUAGCAACAAUCAUGAUCUAUGAUCUCACUGAUGCCUACAAUCUCAAAAGGUGGUAUGAGAUUAACUCGCUAUUUUAUUCAGCUCGAUCAAAACUAGGGUUUGUAAGGGUUUCUUGGAGUGACACACAUCUUCUGAACAGAACAUCAUCCGUCAAUCAGCAUCAAGCAGAUGGGGAACCCAUUGAUUCGUCUCUUACAGAGGCGUAUCUGCAGCUAUCAGCAUUUAUGAAGGACAAUGUGAUGGUAUCAGCACACGACAAGAAUAUUAUACGAGUAUGGUCUCUUGAGAACGGAUGCCGGCUGACGUCCUUCCAGACAUCAACGCCCGAGGUACCACUUGCAUUAUCCGAUGACAACAACUUCAUUGCGACGUUCUCUAAAGCGGCAAGCUUAGUAAACAUAUAUCACAUGAAAACCGGCUUAGUCUCCAACACUCUGAGGACAACAUUGGGAAAUGAUCUAUGUAGCAAACAUCAUCUAAAUCACCAAAUGUUCUACGCACAAUUUCACGACUCUGGUAAACUGUUGUUUCUGAUACAAGUCCGCCCAUUGAAGCGUAUGGUUGGCUCCAAGAAUGCCUUGAUCACUUUUGAAGGAUGGGAUAUUGCAGCUGAAAAGUCAAUAAUCAAGCAAACAAGAGACAUCAAAGUGAACUGGAAGGUUAAAAACUCGUAUGUCAGACCGUUUAUUGUUGAAAAAUGUGGUGAUACUCGGUCGCUAUACACUGCACUAUAUACAACACUUGUAGAUAACGACGAUUGCGAGUUCCAAAGCUUGGAUUUAGAUGUAUUCAAACCAAGAGAUGCAUCAGGCGAUGAGGGCGACUUCACUUACAACUGGAUACCAUUAUCCACUUCGGAAGCACUGUCUGAAAAGCAAAAAAGCUACGAUGAAUUAGUCGACAACCUAAACGAUUUCAGCAACGCAACAUGCUUCAGAUUAAAGGAAAACCCGAACGUCGUGAUGCGGAUUGGCAGGCACACAGUGCAACUAUGGCACGUAUCUGAUUUGAAAUCAAGGAAAGAGCAUUCUUCUCAAGACAGGCUAAUUUAUAUUUGUGUAUUCAAAGCACCUGUAUAUUAUUCCAACAAGCCUUUCGACUAUAUAUGGUACAGAUGGGACGCCUCCAUGAGCUGGACGCGUCCUACUACGCCAGAGCCUAGAAGCAGUAUUGAUGAAGACAGAGAUACUAGCCGGCAAGAAACUCAAUCCGGUACAGAGUCCGUAAUGGAAGUCAAUAAUUCAGAUGCUACAUCACUAACGGAUUUCAUAUACUAUUGGGACUCACUUGGUAUCACAUUUUGCAACACUCAUCUGGAGAAUAUGCUAUCAAUUUCAAUUUGCGAGCUUUUCGACGAUGAGGUUGCUGAUACAUCAAUGGAAAUUUAUCUACCGCUUGGGAACCUGACAUCUGAAAGCUAUAAUGUUUGCACCGAGUAUCACUACGUAGAAAGCGCUAUCAAUGCCUUAAAAUAUAUCCAACUCAUGCCGGAAGACAAAAGAACGCAGAAUUCGAAAAAGCUAUAUCAUAAGACAAUUAAUUUAGUUAUACGCUGUGUGGAUCAAAUGAAGAAGGAGAAGUCAAGGUACUUCACAACUACCUCUGGAAGUAACUCAUUGGCAUUGCUUGCAUCGUUCGAGGAUGGAAGGGAUAUCCUUUUUCGGGUUGUUCAAGACGAAGAACUCCCAAUCAGUUUGUUCAGUUAUGUGAGCAAACAGGCUGUAACAGAUAAUGCCUACAAGACUGAGAGUCGAAAUGAAAACGCUUUAACUAUUCUCAUCGAGUCUCGGGAUUUCGCUUUGUACAAUUUAGUACUUAAUCGUGUGCUAUUCCAUGCUCAAAAGCUGGGAGCUGGCUGUUACUCUGCGGUGACGGAUUCCUUGAUCUAUCUUCAAAGUCGCGGUGACACUGGUACGUCUAAUUUCCUGCGCUCAAAAAAGCAUGUAUUAAUGUUUGAAAAAGACAUUCUCAAAAGCACCUGCCAGAAGCUGCAAUUCUUGCAUGUUGAGCAGAAUGCCCAGUCCAUAGUCUCUGAGGAGAUUGAUGUUGAAUUGCCCUCCAAAACAUUGCACAAGAAUCUAAAGACAGAAUUUGCAGAUCUCAAGCCCAAAUCAACAAAUGAACAAAUACUGAGAUAUGAUUAUUGCCGAAAAGACCGGCUCAUUUCUUAUUGGGGCUCUCUUAUUGGAAACGUCAGGGCACGCUUGAUACUUGGAAGAAUACGGGCUAGACUCUGGUACGCAGUACACAAGUAUAAUACUUCAAGUGACAUCCUUCACGCUUUUUAUAAAGCUACCGCCCAUCCAAGUCAAAUAGAUGUUUGCGUUGUACCAUAUGUAUACUUUUGCUCUUACGAUGCUUAUACUGAAGACAAAGAACACAUCCACAAUCAUUGGAACAGGGACGACAAUACUUUUUAUUGGAUUAUGUUGGUUUUCUUGCACCAACUACUAAAACUGCAAAAUAAUGAAGGAGUCUCUCCAGAUAAGACUGAAGAACAACCGAAAAAUCACUUGCUGAUCCUCUUUCCGAUUAGAUUGCUGACUAAAAUGCAAGAAAGAAUUGCAAACCGACUGCAAUCAAGAAAAUUCGCCUACAAAAAGCAAAGCGUUCUAAUGCAACUCGCCCUAAACCAGCAUGAAAAUGAUUUAUUCGCUCAAAAAGACACCGUCUUGGAAACAUUGCUUUAUUUCAAGUGGAAGAAGAAGAUCAAAUGCAGAUUCAUCCUAGUCUGCUUUGUUCACGCUAUGUACUACAUUUCGUUCUCGGUUGGCGUACUGUUUGCCCGCGAAGUUUUUGACUACACUAUUGGGAUGUCUAUAGCAAGCGAUGCCAAGCAUGUCCUUACGGUUGCUUUGAUGCUGGCCUCAUGCGGUCUACUGUGGUACCAGGAGGCUCGCCAGUUUUUCAAGAUGGGAUUCAACUGCUGGGAAUACUUUUGUUCUUUUUAUAAUUACGUUGAUUUGGUUGCCUUGACACUUCCAAUAGUCAAUCUUUGGCAAAUGCUGACCGACAGACCUGGAUUGGAUGAACUGAGCGCAAUAACAACAAUCGUUCUCUGGUUACAUGGAGUUUUGAGAUUAAGAGCGAUUGCAUUUUUCGGUGUUACAGUGGAAACAAUCAUUCAACUGAUGAAAUCUGUUUAUAAGACUCUUUUGAUCAUGCUGCUAGUGAUAUUUGCCUUCACAAAUGCCUUUAUAGUGCUACUAGCACGUAAAGAGGACGCUUAUUUCCAGGAACAGUAUGCUGGUUUUAUGGCUUUGGAUAAUUUGGGUUCAUCAACAGAGAGCACGGUAAAUUACAGCGAUAACAGCUCAAGCAAUAACUUUAGAAACCCAUUCAAAGCUUUCUCAACAUUAUGGUUCUUUAUUUUUGGCGUUUGGGAUCCCAUAAAUGAUGGAGAUGCAGGAGAUGACUACAUGAUUAUGGUCUUGGCUAUCUUGUUUUCACUUCUUACAGUCCUUUUAUUUUUCAACUUGGUCAUGUAG